AUGAGUAAACUAAAUUUAAAUACUUAUUUCAAAUGCAUACGACGAAGGACAUUACCAUUUGACUCGUCCAACAUACGGGCUUCGUCGAUAGUUUCAACAAAAAACCUUAAGAUCAGGACAUUUGCAACAUCUCAUCACCAUUUAAUUAAUGCUUUAAAUACUACAACCAACUUGAAUCCAAUAAAUCGAAUCAUAAAAGAACAAGAUCAUACUAAUGAUGACAAACCCAUUUUAUUAAAUUUGAUCCAAGAAUCACUACGAGUGAUAGCUGAGAAAAUUGAUACAAAAUCAUUCAAAUAUCCAUAUACUUUUCUAAAUGAAGAAACGGAGCAACAAAAAGAUAUUCUUGAAAAGUUUGAAAUGACUAUAAAGGAUGAAAUUUCAAAUCAAACUAAUCCAAAAGUUGAGAAAUUAAGUUUUAUGGAAUUCUUAAACCCCAAUAUAAAAGUACUACCUUCAUUAUUACUAUCAAUAAAUCAAGACAUUUACCCCAAAGAAAUGUUGGAAUAUUACAAUUUAGGUAACAAACAAGAUUUAAUAACUCAAAUAUUAACUCACUUAUUGCACAAAGAAUACCUUGAAUUUAAAACAGAAACUACCCCCUAUGAAAAAUCAUUAAUCGAUUUCUCAAAUCCAGCUCAAUGGUUUCCAGAAGCAAGAAAAAUGAAACGUAAAAUAAUAAUGCAUGUGGGACCAACAAAUAGUGGUAAAACUUAUAAUUCUUUACAAGAAUUAUCAAAUUCUAAGACUGGAUAUUAUGCUGGUCCAUUAAGAUUAUUAGCAAGAGAAAUAUAUGAAAGAUUUAAUCAACAAGGUAUUGGAUGUAAUUUAAUUACUGGUGAAGAAGUUAUUCCUUCGAUUGAUGAAUAUGGUCAAGUUAGUGGGAUAGCUUCCGGAACUAUUGAAAUGAUACCCUUACACAAGAAAAUGGACCUUUGUGUGAUUGAUGAGAUUCAAAUGAUUGGUGACAGUCAAAGAGGUUCGGUUUGGACUAAUGCUGUUUUGGGAGUAUUAGCUCAUGAAAUUCAUUUAUGUGGUGAAGAAAGUGCAGUGCCACUUAUUGAAAAAUUAGUUGAAGUUACUGGUGAUGAAUUGGUGGUCAAAAAGUUUGAUAGAUUGGGGAAAUUAACAGUUGAGAAAAAACCAGUUGGAUUGAAUGAUUUGAAAAAGGGUGAUUGUUUGGUGGUUUUCUCUAAGAGGAAAAUUUUAGAUUAUAAAUGCAGUAUCGAAAGACAAACUAAAUUAAAAGUUGGUAUUAUAUAUGGUGCUUUACCUCCAGAAAUUAGAGCACAAGAAGCUAAUAAAUUUAAUAAUGGAGAAUAUGAUGUUUUGGUUGCAUCUGAUGCUAUUGGAAUGGGAUUAAACUUGAAAAUUAAUAGAAUUGUAUUCAGUGGUAUCAAUAAAUUUAAUGGAUCAGAAGUUGAAAAUUUAUCAGUAUCACAAGUUAAACAAAUUGCUGGUAGAGCAGGUAGAUUUAGUGCCGAACAUGGCUCUAAGGAGGGAUUUGUUACUGCUUUACAAAGAGCAAGUUUGAUUUAUAUAAAAGAAUGUCUUAAUGAACCAAUAACUGAAUUAGAAAAAGCAUGUUUAUGGCCAACUGAUUUAGUUUGGAAAUAUUAUAUGACUAAUUAUUCAACUGAAGCUCCGUUGUCUGAAACAUUACAACAUUUUAUUUCAAAUACAAUGAAAUUUAAAUCUGAAUUAUAUUUCAUUGCAGAUUUAGAAGUUAAAACUGGAUUAUUAGAAAUGAUAUCAAAAGAUAAUAAAUUAAAAAACAUGACAAUUGAUGAUCAAUUAACUUUGAGCGAAACACCAAUAAAUUUACAUGGACCAAUGAACAAACAACUAGUAGUUCCAACAGUCAAGAAAUUUUUUAAAAACAUAGUGGAAAGAGAAUGCAAAUCAGUUUUUGAUUUUGAAUUUUUAGACUUACCAUUAUUAUCAGCAAAACCAAUGAUAUCAAAAAACAUUCAUAUUCCAUUAGAUAAUGUUGAAAAAUUAGAAAGUAUGCAUAAGUUGUUAUUAUUGUUUCUUUGGUUAAGUCAAAGAUUUCCAACUUUAUUUAUUGAUAAACAAUCAGCAAUGGAAUUGAAAGCGUUAGUUGAAAAAAGAAUAAGUGAAGAAUUAAAUAAUGCUAGAAGAAUGAACAAGAUGAAGAUGAGAUGA